AGGAAGGAGGAAGGAUUGAUCCGCGUCUGUUAAAGACUUGUUCUGUUUUUUUCUUUAGAGCUUUUAGGUUUGAGCCGAAGCGCGUCUCGAGCGCAGCUCCCAAACUCCUCAAGCAGCUUUGUCCAGACGGAAGCUAACCUUGCAAUUUAAUUUUUUUUGCAAAGUGAAGAUCUACUUUACAGCAGCAAUCUGAUCCAAACGGCUCCAUUGUGGGCUGCGUGCUUUCAUUUGGACUGAGUGUUGCUCGAGCAGCCCGCUGUUGAACACAAGGAGCGACUGACUGCAGGUCCCGGGCCGAUCUGUCACUGUGAUUAGGAAGGUUUUGGGAGGUGAUGUCAUCGCGCGGUGGUUCGCCUGGUAUUGUGACCCGGGGGCGCGCGGAGCCCCGCUGCAGCCGGCCGACCCGCGGUUAGGAGGAGUGCGGGAAAUCAGCUGGACCUGGCGCUCACACCGCCAUCAUCACUAUCACCACCCUCUCUGUCGGACAUUUAUCGGUCUCUUCCUGCCCACCAACACCUCCUCCACCGAUCACCGACCACCGCCAGCUGAAGGGGUCGUAGCCAUGACCGAGGCUAAUACCCUGCAGCACGCGGCGCGCGCCGACCCCCCGUCUCCAGGUCACCGAUCCUUCCGGCUGCCAGUGCAACAGCAGAUCGCGACCCCGCCUCGCGGUGGGCACUAGAACCCCGCUGUGCGACCCUCUCCACACCAGAUCGGACUAUUAACACACGCCAACGCACCCUCUUGUUGCGCUGCAAGUAACAUCGCACUCACGGAGACGAUCCGGCUACGUUUUGUUUUAUUGAAACGGAACACAUCCUGACUUGGAAUAUUCUAAACUUUACACCAGGGGACCGAACUGAGAGAACGCAAGAGAGGUGGGGGCCAACAAGUGAAGUUGUCGGUCUGUCAGUGUCGCUCGUGGUCGCGCUUUCACCUGUUCAUCGUUUCGCCGGCGGCGCGCAUGCAGCAGCCGAACCGAUGCCCUAACCUUUUCCCCCUGGGCCCCGCCCCUUCUUUUUUCUCGCGGGCCGGACAGCUGUGAGAGGUUGCCCUGCGGUCACAGUGACAUUCACCCCGCCUGACACCUCGCCCCUCGCCGUCCGCCGUUCGACCGCUCCGCCUGGGGACGCCGAGGCACCGCCGAUGCCAACAGCGGAAGCCGUUGACUCAUUGACUCUGCACACCGUCCAGCGGAUUCACUACACGCACGGGAACCCUCCGGUGCGCCGGGCUGGCUCGGACGGAGCGCCGCGGAGACUGACUCCGGGCCGAGGUCCUUAGUGGAUGGGGGAAGCGAUGUGGUCCCUGCUCCCCAUGCUGGCUGUCUUAUGUAUCCAGAUGUUGCUGGUGAUGUGCAAUCCAUUACAGCAGGUGCUGGCCGUGGAUGGGGUGAACUUCAGCGUGCACGUGGAGAACCAGACGCAGGUGCGAGACACCAUGAGCCGCCGCCACCACCGCGUGUACCAGCUGUACAGCCGCACCAGCGGCAAGCACGUCCAGGUGCUGGGGCGCCGCAUCAGCGCCCGCGGCGAGGACGGAGACAAAUAUGCCCAGCUCGUAGUGGAAGCAGACACCUUUGGCAGCCAGGUGAGAAUCCGAGGCAAGGAGACCAACUUCUACCUGUGCAUGAACCGCCGGGGCAAGCUGGUGGGAAAGCAGGCCAGCAACCGCAGCGCCGACUGCGUGUUCGUGGAGAAGGUGCUGGAGAACCACUACACGGCGCUGAUGUCGGCGCGCUACAGCGACUGGUACGUGGGCUUCACCAAGCGCGGCCGGCCCCGCCGCGGGCCCAACACGCUGCCCAACCAGCAGGACGUCCACUUCAUGAAGCGCUUCCCGCCCGGCGAGCAGCCCGACCUGACCACGCCCUUCCGCUUCACCACCAUCAGCAAGCGGAGCAAGAGGGUGCGGGCCGCCGCCGCCGCCGCCGCCGCCGCCACCGCCACGGGGGGCCCACGCUAGCUAGCGGCUGCUAACG